AUGGAGCAUGAUAAAACCCUUCGCCAGCCUGACUUUUCUACUGCGGCAGGUGGUUUACGGCUCGCAGUAGAGCAUCUGGAGCUGUACGGAAAUUUACCCGCCGCCGAUAGCGGUACUUGUUUGCAGGAGAAGACAGUGUUGCAACAGCUUACUACAUUGAACCGCGGGAUGCGGGAUUUAAAUCGCAAGGUGGACGGCUUGGACCAGAAGGUGGACGGCUUAGACCGAAAGAUAACCAUCUUGAAUCAGAACGCACUGGUGCGGGCGCAGAAUAGCACAGUCGAGCGGGGCAACACUCCUUUGGUUCCUCUGUACAGCAUACUGACAGGGAACCUACUGGAGGGCUUCCCACCCAACAUGGAGCAGUUGGAGAGACUUCCCAGUGAGUGUGGCUCUUCAUCUUAG